AUGAAGGUGUCGCGAAGAAGACGAUCCAGAUGAUGAUCUGAUGAUGAAGGUGUCGCGAAGAAGACGAUUCAGAUGAUCAUGAUGAAGGUGCCGGCUAAACACAUUAGUAAUGACUUCAAGCAAUAAAACUGCUAAGGUGAUGACUUUAUGAGUGCAAACAAAAGUGAGGUACGCACAAAGCUAAAAUACUACUAAAAGAGUUGAAAAUAAUUCCACAAACUACAGGUUUUUAUCAACCAACCAGUAACUACCUAAUAAAUGUAACACAAUAUGAUAUCAAAAUACAUAAAUAGUCUAUCUUGUGUGCAGCUAGCCACAUCAUAUGAUCACUACUGGUAAAAAACACAAAAUAACCUUAUAACAUUGAUCGAGUAAUCCCUGUAAUACUAACCGAAUAUCCCUUGUAACAUUGACGAAUUAACCUCUGUAAUAUUGAGCGAGUAACCCCUAUAACAAUAACGAAAUAACCUUUAUAAUAGCUAUCUACACCGUGUGUCUAGCCACAUAUAAAAAUAAUUGUGAUUGAGCAUUGUUUGUAUCAUCGCAUAAAUGUUUUAAAAAACGCUAAUAGUUAGAGAUCAAUGUACAAUAACACCGUUAAAUUAAAAAAAUAAAAAAUAAAUAAAAAUAGAUGAAGGGUCCAAUAUCUUAAAGUCUUAGAUAGGCGGUCUUAUUAGGCCGCAAUUUAAUAACUUUGACGACUAUAUUUUAAAUUAUAGCCUAUUUUUUAAAUUUAAAAUGCCACACUUGCUAAAAGUUUAUAACGAUUAUUGUUCAUACUUGAUUACUACACUUCAAUACUCUAUAUAAACGAGGCACUAUCCUUUAAAGUAUCACAGCCUAAGAAUAUCCAAAGAAAUCUCAAAAUACAUUUUAAAAGCUUAAAAGAUGUCUAGUGCAACAUCUGCUUCUCAACCUAUUGCUUACUUUCAUCCAACCCGUUGGGGUGACCAGUUUUUAGAAUUCACUCCUCUCGAUAAGGCAACCCAACUUGAAAAGGUGCAAGAAGUUGAGCAUCUAAAAGAGGAAGUGAGGAAAGAGCUACUUGCAAGAGUUGCAAAUGUUAACAAGCAAUUGGAGCUGCUGAAUUUCGUCGAUGCAAUCGAACGCCUUGGAUUGGCGUAUUACUUGGAGAAGGAAAUUGAGGAAGCUUUACUUCAAGUGUAUGAAACCUACCAUGAUCAAUGUGACAAAGAUGAUUUGUACCAUGUUUCCACUCGAUUUCGAAUCCUUAGGCAACAUGGCUAUCACGUGUCUUGUGAUGUUUUCAAGAAGUUUAAGAAUGACCAAGGAGGCUUGGACGAUUGCAUACUCAAUGACACUCGAGGCAUCCUAAGCUUGUACGAGGCAUCCCAUGUUCGCAUCCAUGGAGAUGAUAUCCUAGACGAAGCUAUCGCCUUCACCACAACUCACCUUAAACUUAUCGUCGAUAAGUUGAGUUCUCCUUUGGCUGAACAAGUAGUUCACGCCCUUCACCAACCACUUCACCUAGGCUUUGUUCGAUUAGAGUCAAAGCACUACAUCGGAUUUUAUGAACAAGAUGCUUCUCACAACAAAACUCUUCUCAAUUUGGCUAAGUUAGACUUUAAUUUGCUUCAGUUAUUGCAUCGAAAGGAGUUGCAAGAUAUAGAUAGUUGGUGGAAAGACUUGUAUUCGAAGGCACCAUUUGCAAGAGAUAGAUUGGUAGAGGCUCACUUCUGGAUAUUGGGAUGCUAUUAUGAACCUAAAUAUUGUCGUGCUAGACAAAUACUCAUCAAACUAUUUAUGAUUGUGGAAGUUUUUGAUGACAUAUUCGACGCAUAUGGCUCUCAUGAGAUCCUGAAACUCUUCGUCGAGGCAGUUCAUAGGUGGGACUAUAGCUACGUAGCUCAACUGCCAGAAUAUUUCAAUAGUGUGUACCAAGUGCUUCUUGAAACAUUAGAUGGAUUUGAGAAAGAAUUAGCUGAAGAAGGCAGGUCAUACGGUGUACAAAUUUAUAAAGAGCAGUUUUACCGUGGUUGCAAGGCAUGGCUUCGUGAAGCCGGAUGGCUCAAGAAAAAGUAUACCCCCAAAUACGAUGAGUACUUGGAAGCUUCUAUAGUGUCAAUUGGCCAAAUUCAGGGGAUCAUCGGAUCAUACCUUGGCAUAACUGAACCCAUUGCGACCAAAGAAGACUUUGAAUGGGUGUGCCAAGAUCCAAUGCCUAAGGUAGUUGAAGCAUCACUAAUGAUCAUUAGGCUUUUGAAUGACAUUGCAAGCACUAAGAUUGAGCAGGACAGUAGAGACCAUGUAGUCUCUUCUGUACAAUGCUACAUGAAGGAAACAGGAAUCACAGACGAGCAACAUGUUUACCAAGUACUAGAAAAGAAAGUGGAGGAUGCAUGGAAGGAUUUAAAUCAAGGAAUGCUUCGACCAUACUCAAUCCCAAAGCCUUUAUUGGAUCGGAUCAUCAACCUUGCUCGUGCACCUGAAAUCUUCUAUAAGGGAAGAACUGAUGGUUUUACUAUUGUCAAUCAGAUCAUACAGGAUAAAAUUGCAUCACUACUUUUUGAGCCUAUUCCUAUAUAACUACGUGAAGCAUAAUCGAUUUGGUGUCCUAGCUUGUUGGCCUAUUGGUAAUCCCAUCGAACCUCCUGAAUUAAGGCCAUAUUUCUAUUUCAGUUCGUCACAAAAUAAUAACAGUGUUUCUAAUUUUACUUUUAAUAGGUGUGUAUCAAAUUAAUACCUAUAUUUUCUAUGUUUUGGCAUGUACGUUACAAGUGUAUCAAAUAAACUCUUUAACUAUUGCAGGGUGAUUUGGCAUGUA